UGCAACUUCGAAGUUCGCCUCUAACUUCGUUUCCAAGUUCCGGAGCGCGACAGCGGCCACCCUCUGAUUUUUCCAGACAGCUGCUGCUCCGUAUAAAGGUGCAUGUCACGUCUUAGCGUUGUUGCCCCACGUACUGAAUUAUUGUUAACUAAUUAAAGUUUGACGGAGUUUAAGAAAACUUUUCCGAGAAGAGACGCGGCAUGGCCGUACCAGUUGCACUCAUUCUGCCAGCUAUCUUGCUACCGACGCUGGUAAUGAGCGAGCUGGCGACCAACUCACCGUCGUGGGACGGCGUUUGGAACAACACCACGACGGCUGUGGCACCACCACCGGGGCCGAACCACACGUACCAGGACCCGACGUAUUACUCAGUCAACUACCGCAUCAUCGGCACCAUCUUCCAAGGCAUCAUAUUCGGCGUGGGCGUCUUGGGCAACAUCAUGGUGGUCAUCGUGGUGAUGCGCACGCGGAGCAUGCACACGCCCACGAACUGCUAUUUGGUCAGCCUGUCCGUGGCCGACUUCAUGGUCCUGGUCGCAUCGGUGCCGAACGAGAUCAUCUCCUACUACGUGCUAGGCGACGAGUGGAUCUGGGGCCGCGCCGGGUGCGCGCUCUUCAUCUUUCUCCAGUACCUGGGCAUCAAUGCGUCCUCGCUGUCCAUUACGGCCUUCACCGUGGAACGUUACAUCGCCAUCUGCUUACCCAUGAAGGCACAAACCAUGUGCACGGUCAAACGGGCCAAAAAGAUAAUACUGGGCGUGUGGCUGUUUGCCUGCUCCUACUGCUCUCCUUGGCUGGCCUUGACCACAACCACAGCCGUAUAUUACAAGGGACACGACAACAUAGAGACUUGCACGUUCGCGCUGUCCAGACACCACUAUCGCAGCUACUUCUUCGCUGACAUCAUACUGUUCUACGUCGUGCCGCUGCUUCUCUCGUGCGUCCUCUACGGACUCAUGGCCCGCGUCCUUUUCCAGUCCAACUUCAAUUCCAAGGCGAACGGCACCACCGACUCCAAGAAGAGCUCGAGUAACAGUAGCUCUAGGGUCCAGUUUCCGCCGUUGACGCAAUUCGAGGAAGACUUUUCUCCGGAGGCCCUGUCGUCGAGAUGGGCCGCCGGUCUGCGCAGCUCAAACCUCGACAUCCAGACGUGGGCAGUCCAGUAG